AUGGGCUGGCGAGGAGGGACUCAGCGGCGAUCGCCAAUCCUCCGCCGGUCAGUUGGGGGUGUAUAUUCGGUCACGGUUGAGUGGAGCGGCAUUGUCCAGAGGCGCAUGUACCUUCUGCCUGCCUGGUCUGUUCGCCUCGUGGUGACAAUGGUGCAGACAACACGCUUCAUUGCAUGCCAUGUGAACUCGAGUGCAGGGAAGAAUGACGACUUUUUCCGAUUCUACGAGGAAGAAUGA